GAGUCCACAACUCGACAAAACGACAUGACCCAAACUCAUGGAGCCGGCUAAUUCUACUCCUUCAAAACUCACCCGAGUCAACUCAGUUAUGCCAAUCUGAUUGGGUUGGGUUGGGUUUGGUCUGGCUUGUAAUCGGCAAAACAAUCCAUCAAAAAACCCCACCAAUCCCUUCAUUUCCCGUUCUCUUGGCUUUCUCUCCCUCUCGUGAGAGGGAAAAAUAUAACCAACAAACUUUCUCGCCAUCCAAACACCAAAAAGGAAAAUGUCUUAUAUAGUAUUCCAAACCUCUCAACUUCCCAAGACGUUGUUAUUAAAACCGAGUCUACCACCUCCGGUUCAUCCUUUAUCAGGUAAACUUAGAAAGAAUCUUAUGGUGGUGAAAUGUUCGUCUUCUUCUUUAAUUGACGGUGGAGAUUCCUCCGUCGCUGCUCUCGAGCGAUGUUUCUCGGCACCACCGGCUCCAGUGGAGACUGGUUCUUCAGGUUCAGGUGAGGUUGGACCGGUUAUGAAAGGAGGAAAAUACGGUGCGUUUGGUGCGGUUACUUUGGAGAAAGGGAAGCUUGAUAUGUCUCAGAAACAGUCAACUUCUAGCCCUGAGCUUGCAACUGGGGGAGGUGGUGGAGAUAUUGGAAAGAAAAUUAAUCAUGGAGGUGGAGAUGGAGGUGAUGAUGAUGGAGAUGAUGAUGAUUAUUUUGAUGACUUUGAUGAUGACGGGGAGGGCGAUGAGGAUGGACUCUUUAGAAGGCGGAUGUUUCUGGAAGAGCUUUUUGAUCGAAAAUUUGUAGAUGCUGUAUUGAAUGAGUGGCACAAGACAAUGAUGGACUUGCCUGCUGGCUUCCGACAAGCUUAUGAAAUGGGAUUGGUCAGUUCAGCACAAAUGGUAAAGUUCUUGGCAAUUAAUGCCAGACCAACCACCAGUCGAUUUAUUUCUCGAACACUCCCACAGGCAAUGUCUCGGGCAUUUAUUGGCAGGAUGCUUGCAGAUCCUGCCUUUUUAUACAGGCUUCUUUUAGAAGAGGUUGCUACUAUUGGUUCUUCUGUUUGGUGGGAGUUGAAGAAUCGAAAGGAUAGGAUUAAGCAAGAAUGGGAUCUAGCAAUUAUGAAUGUUCUCACAGUAGCAGCUUGCAAUGCUCUUGUAGUUUGGUCUCUUGCUCCUUGUCGUUCUUACGGCAACACCUUCCGGUUUGACUUGCAAAACACAUUACAGAAGCUUCCCAACAAUAUAUUUGAAAAGAGUUACCCACUUAGAGAAUUUGACUUGCAAAAGAGAAUCCAUUCUCUAUUCUACAAGGCUGCCGAGUUGUGUAUUGUUGGAUUAGCUGCUGGAGCAGCGCAAGGCUCUUUGUCGAAUUUUCUGGCUAGUAAAAAGAAGGAAAAGUUAUCUGUGUCAAUUCCGUCUGUGAGUACCAACGCACUUGGUUAUGGUGCUUUUCUCGGACUCUAUGCAAACCUUAGAUAUCAGCUUUUAUGUGGAUUUGAUCAAGCAAUGGUCAAUUAUUUUGAUGUCAUUGGUGUAGCAUUGUUCUUCAGCACAGCUUUAAGGGUCUUGAAUGUUCAAUUAGGAGAGAGAUCGAGGCUGGCUUGGCUAGGUGUCGAGGUGGAUCCGCUGGUUCAGUCAGAUGACCUCUUGAAGGCUUACAACAGACCUUCUGAGGAUGGAACUAGGUCAUCCUCUAAAUGGUUCAUAUCAAAGAAUGCCAUUGUUUCUGGUCUUGGACUUCUUGGCAUCAAACAAGGAAACCUUGAAUCUGUUGCCGAUGGGGAAACUGGAGCUUUGAAGCCCCGGAGAAAGAGGAUUGUCCGGAAGAAGGUAACUGCACGCACUACAUAGCUACCUGACAUAAAUUAGCAUUUCUGUCCGAUUUUGCUGCUUGAUGGAGUGAAUUCAAUAUGAAAAGAACCUCCACAAGGUUUGGACUUGCUACGAUUUAUGUCUAGUGUGGAUUACCGGCUUAUUAACCAUGACUUGUAGAUUAUUUUGGGGACGAGUUCUUGAGUACAUGUUAAACAUUUAUCAUAUUCAAUGAAGUGUUAUACUCUGAGUUGAGUCCUUAAUAA